AUGUCGAAAAAAGGAGCAGCUAAGAAGGGGAAGACCGCGUCAGCAGAUGAGGACCUCGAUGCGAUUUUGGCUGAGCUUGCCGUUGAGGAUAAAGCCCGAGCAGAGAAAGCUGGUGCAAAGAAGGGUAAAGGAGGCAAGAAAGGAGGUAAAAAUGCAGCAGUUGUAAACGGCGGAGGUGAUACGAUACCCAACGGUGUGGAAGAAGCUCCAGUUGUCGACUGGCACCAAGAAAUAGCGGCUAUGAAACCUAUCGAUGAGCAGUUUCCCGAUGGGAAGUAUCCUGUGGGACAAUGCGAGACCUAUUAUCUUCCGGGGAAAGAUGGAAGAAUAGCUUCCGAUCGGGAAACUAGUCAGGAGAAGAAAGCUCUUGAUGGCUCAUUUGAAGAAAUGUAUCAG